CAUGUGUGUUGUACAUAUGUACACAAGGAUGUACAUAUAAAUGUAUUACUUUUCUGCUAAAAUCGGAGGCUAUAUAAAUGUAUUUUCUUAUUCAUCAGCCUCUGUUAAAUAUGUAGCAGUAUGUAACCUUAACGUGAAAUGGUAAAUCCUUCUAAAACGGAUAAAAUGGGUAAUUGCUUGAAAAUAAGCAGAUCAGAUGACAUUUCACUUUUACGAGGCAAUGACAGUAUUAACGGGCAAAACAGCGGAACACAGCCAUUAUACCAUCAGGACGAACAGUAUCAACCAGUAUUUUACCCCACCACCUCAGCUUCCUCAAAUCGAACACCUUCAAUCAAUCGACAACUUUCAGAUGAAAAUCAAGUAAAGAUUGCUAAGCGUAUUGGAUUAAUGCAGCAUUUGCCCAUUGGAACGUAUGACGGGAGCUCGAAAAAAGUACGAGAAUGUGUAAUUUGCAUGGCAGAAUUCUGUGUUGAUGAAUCUGUGCGCUAUCUUCCUUGCAUGCACAUUUAUCAUGUUAAAUGUAUAGACGAUUGGUUGUUGAGGAGUCUUACGUGUCCCAGUUGCUUAGAGCCGGUUGAUGCUGCCUUACUGACGAGUUAUGAGUCGACAUAGCGUUUAUAAAACAAUAGAAUAUUUAUAAUGUUUGCUUUAAAUUAUUUCGGGAAAAUAAAACAAUUUGGUCCAGGCAAGAGUUAUUAUUUAGUACAUUCGAAUUGGAUUCAGUGUCUUUUUUUUAUUAAAUGUUGUUGUUUUUAAUCAAAAUCUAUUAUAUUACUUAGUUCUUUGUAGAGUAAGCCCAAGAAAAGUUUUACUUGCAACACUGGAGAACUCAAAAAUGUAAAAACUAUUCGGGUGAAAUUUGUAUUGAUGUACGUAAGCAUUCCACCCAAAUUUCGCCCGAAGAGAUUCACCUUCGAAUAUAAAUUCGUGUACAUAUACCUAUAUUUAUAUUUUCUAACCAUUAAUAAGUUCGGUGUUAAUAUAAGUGAGUGUAUAAACGAUUUGAUAAUAAAA